AAAGCGCAAAACGACAAACGUGUGACUAAACACUCCUCCUCCACUCUCUCUUUCUCUUUCUCUUCUACUACUUCUCACCGUUUUCCUCGACAAGUGGAGUAGACGACACGAACUUGGACACAAAGUUUCACUCUCUCUCUCUCUCUUUCUGCACCAUUCUUCAACCCAAGCCGCAACAUAAACAAAUAUAAUUUCACCGCCUUCGUUAACCCUCUUCAUUACUACUAACAAAUCAACCUCGCCACCUAAUUUAGAAAAACCGAGUUAACUUCGGGAGAAGUAAAUUAAAAAUAAAAAAUAAAAAAUAAAGUACGGUGUGAAAACUGAAGCGUUUCCAGUGCGUGAGCGUGUGAACUUCUGAAGGUUUAAGGAUGGGAGUAGUUCCGUUUUAAGGUUAAUUUUGGUUCCAUUAUUGGAGCUGGUAGGUAGGUAGCGAGGUAAAUGAGAGAAACGAGGUUAAAUUAAAUAAACAAAAGAAAAAAAGAAUGCUCAGGUUGACCGGUGGAUAUUAGAGUAGUAGUAGUAGUAGAAUAAUAAUAAUAAUAAUAGAAUAGAAACCCUAAAGAGAAAACAAAGCAAAGCAUAGCAAAGCAAAAGUUUUAUCUUAUCUAACAAAAGUCUUGUUUGCUUGGUGAAUAGAGUUUGGUUGUUGAUAUGGACAACGCUUCCACAGCUUCAGGGGACGCUAGCGUCUCUUCUUCCGGCAACCAAACAAAAGCCGCCACCAAGAAAAAACGAAACCUCCCUGGGAUGCCGGAUCCGGAGGCAGAGGUGAUUGCUCUGUCGCCGAAGACGCUGUUAGCGACGAACCGUUUCGUGUGCGAGAUAUGCAACAAGGGGUUCCAGAGGGACCAGAAUCUGCAGCUUCACCGUCGCGGCCACAACUUGCCGUGGAAGCUGCGGCAGAGGUCGAGCAAGGAGGUGAGAAAACGAGUGUACGUGUGUCCCGAGCGCACGUGCGUGCACCACGACCCUUCUCGGGCCCUUGGGGACUUGACCGGGAUCAAGAAGCACUUCUGCAGGAAGCACGGCGAGAAGAAGUGGAAAUGCGACAAGUGCUCCAAGAAGUACGCGGUUCACUCCGAUUGGAAGGCGCACUCCAAAGUCUGCGGCACCAGGGAGUAUAAGUGCGAUUGCGGAACCGUUUUCUCUAGGAGGGAUAGCUUCAUCACGCAUAGGGCGUUUUGCGAUGCGUUGGCGGAGGAGAGUUCCAGAUCUCACACUGUUGUCAAGCCGGAUUCGGAGAAUGAAUCUAAGGUUUUAAAUGGUGAUUCGCCGCCGACGGAGGCGACGGUGGUGGCUUCUGCUAGUACUGCUCAGUCGAAUAGUGUCGUGUCCUCUGGUUUGCAGACGCAGAACCUAGAGUUGCCAGAAAAUAAUAAUCCUAUUGAGGAGCCAGAAGCUGUUACUACUACCUUAAGUGGGAGCUGUGGCAAUAGCACCUGCUCAACCAGCAAUGGCGGUGCUACCAGCAAUAAAAGUAGCGUGUUUGCAAGUUUAUUUGCUUCUUCAACACAUUCUGGGACCCUACAAUCUCAAACACCAGCAUUCAAUGACUUAAUUAGAGCAACAGGGCGUGCAGAUCACCCUGCAGCAGAAAUCUCAGCUCCAUCAUCAUCAGAGGCCAUAUCUCUUUGCCUCUCCACCACCAACGCCUCACCAAUUUUCACGCCGCCGCCGAUGCCACCGCCGGUCAUGUCAGCCACGGCAUUGCUGCAGAAGGCUGCUCAAAUGGGUGCUACAGCCACAAACGCCUCUCUGCUUCGCAGCUUCGGCAUCAUGUCCUCAUCUUCAGCUUCAGCCUCUUCAGAUGGCCUACAAUGGGGCCAGCAGCAAGUGGAACCUGAGAGUAGCUCUGGACUAAAGGAAUUGAUGAUGGGAACAGCACCCUCAAUGUUUGGUCCAAAACACACCACUCUUGAUUUUCUAGGAUUGGGGAUGGCUGCGGGUGGCACUUCUGGUGGAGGCUUAUCAGCACUCAUCACAUCUAUUGGUGGUGGUUUGGAUGUUACUGCAGCAUUUGGUAAUGGAGAAUUUUCUGGCAAAGAUAUUGGAAGGAGCUCUUGAUAUUUUGGUCGCAAAAGGUUAUCAUAUAAAUGUUGUCUUUGUGUACAAUAUGUGUAAUUGUUGCAUUGCACAGGAAUGUUAGUACUAGUAGCAAUGUGCACAUACUAUGGAGCAAUGCAACAAACAAUGCGCAAAUGAUGGCCUUUUUGGAUUGUGUUGCCCAAAAAGGACUGUGUUAGAAAACGGAAAGGUGGCACGUUCCUUCCAAUUAGUGGCACAAGUUACAAUUAGUGAGGGUGUUUGCAUAGGGUUUGAAGUUUGAUAGUAUGUGGUUGUCGUAGUAUUUGGCGACAGUAACAUGUUUGAAGAUACGUAUUGUUUGGACUUCUCGGGCGUCGACACACAUUUUUGAUCAGAUUUGAAUUCCGUCGUUGGAUGCUUUGGUCCGUGGCUGUUGGCAUAAAUCAGGAAAGUUUGAUGUAGUUUUUCUUCAACUGUCGAUUUAUUGUAACGAGGUGGAUUUCCACCUAUGCCCCCAUUGUUUUGUAGUUAAUGGUGGAUUGAAUGCAAGUAGUGGUAAGUAAUUAAUGUUUUUAUGUAAAUGUCAUAAAGAAUUGUAUUCCUUUUGGUAGUUAAAGAUUUCUUCUUUUAAAUACUA